UGAAGAUACAUUUGGUGGCAACUUCCGUGUAUUGAAAUGCAAGACGUGGCUGUCGAUAUUACUGCAUUUUCUACCGCACUGGAGUCUACAAUUCCGUAAUAAGUAAAAUAAAAUGGUUAAUGUGGUAUUUCUUCACCCUGACUUAGGAAUAGGAGGGGCAGAAAGGGCUGUUAUUGACGCUGCACUCAGCUUGAAAUCCAGAAAUCAUGUUGUCCACUUCGUUACGGCACAUCAUGAUAAAUCCCACUGCUUCCAGGAGACCAAAGAUGGUAGUCUAGACGUGACUGCAGUUGGUGACUGGCUACCACGCAGUAUUAUGGGGAAAUGUCAUGCACUGUGUGCAUAUCUGCGAAUGAUUUAUGCCGCUGUCUACUUGGUAUUCUUCAGCUCACUGCAGUACGAUAUCGUAUUUUGUGAUCAAAUCUCUGCAUGUAUUCCAGUACUAAAAUUCUCCAAAGCAAGAAUUCUGUUUUAUUGCCAUUUCCCUGACAUGUUGCUGACAAAAAGGAAGGGCGCGUUAAAGAGACUGUAUAGGGCUCCGAUAGAUUGGUUAGAAGAGAAAACAACGGGAAUGGCAGACUGUGUGUUGGUAAACAGCAGAUUUACGGCUGGGAUCUUUAAAGAGACAUUUACAUCACUUGUCCGGACAACUCCAGAGGUACUAUACCCAAUACCUGAUUUCUCUGCAUUAGACAAGCAAGCACCUCCACCUACAGGAGACCUCUUGCCUCAGAAUGCAUCCACAAUCUUUCUCUCCAUCAACCGAUAUGAAAGGAAGAAAAAUCUCUCUCUUGCUAUUGAUGCUCUUGCCUGUUUAAAGGAAGCCAACGGGAAAAGACUUAACAGUAUUCACCUUGUUAUGGCAGGCGGAUAUGAUGAAAGAGUUGUAGAAAACAGAGAAUAUUAUCUGGAACUCAAACAAAGAGCAGAUGAUGCUGGGAUAGCAGAAAAUGUCACUUUUAUUCGCUCAUUCAGUGAUGCACAAAAAAGGACCCUGCUCCAUAACUGUAGUUGCCUUCUAUACACACCAGACAGGGAACAUUUUGGUAUUGUACCGAUAGAGGCUAUGUACCUGAAAUGUCCAGUGAUCGCAGUUAAAAGUGGCGGUCCCUUGGAAACUGUUGGUCAUGAGACCACGGGAUUUCUAUGUAAACAGAAUGAUGAAGAAUUUGCUUCAGCCAUGAUGCAAUUUAUCAAAAAUAAAGACUUGCACACAAAAAUGGGGGAGGCUGGUAGGAGCAGAGUGCUGGAACUAUUUUCUUUCGAGGCAUUUACAAAUCAACUUGAAGGUGUUGUGAAAAAGCUGUCUGCUCAAGGUCCACGUCAAACACUGACAUUAUCUCUGAUGUGGACAAUGGCUUUUGUCUGUGUGUUAGGUCUACUGUUAGUAUACAUACUGUUUUGAUCAUUUGUUUUGUAAUCAAGUGAUAAUUGUCUACACCAUUGAAAUAGCCUGCAUACACACAGUAUCGUAGGGACCAAAACAUUUCGAAGUUACUCUUGAAAUGGAAUCUUAACAAAUAUAUUUGGUACAAUACAUGUAACUUGGUGCAUUUAGAUUAAACAUAACAAAAAAAAAAAAAAAACAAGUUAACAUCAAAACCUUGUUUCCAAAAAAGAUGAGAAGUUAAUAAAUUCAACAGUUUAAAUAGUAAAUCUAAUGUGUACAUCUUUUUACAAGAAUUACAUACCAGUUGAUGUAUAUUAGACAUUUAUUUAUUUACAAAUUAUAUGUACA